AUUUGUUAUCAUAUUGAUUUUUAUGGUUUACUGUGAAAACCAAAUAAAAUAUUUCAAACACAUCUCUGCAGCACAAACCAAGAGCAAUUUUUCAAUGUGGAGGGCAUAGCGCAAAGUACAUGAAUUAAAUAGAUUUAGAGACAUUGUUACAUUAACCACGUGAUACUCUACAUGCACCCUGUCAUCAAUUACUGCAUUCGUCAAUAAAGUCUUAUUUAGAAUUUUUAAUUCUCUGUAUUAUUAAAUCAAUGAUGUGACACUGAUCACGGCCUCAAUUUACAGAAGAAGAAAAAAAUCAACUGUGCUAAAAUACAGUGUUUAUGGUAAUCAUACAGCUUUUUGUAGUGCCUUUUAACAAUGUGCUAACACUGUCGGUGGUAAUCUAAUGUUUGGAAAAGGGAUGGAGCUGAAUGUGAGACCAAAUACUGAAGGCAGCAGCGGACCUUCAGUGUACCUCCUUAAAUCAUCUCAACUUGAGAGAAUGUGUUCGAGUUCAGUGUGCCCCAGGUCAGUGUGCCUGGCUACGGAUUUUCCGACUCCCGAAAAUGAUACAAAAGCUGUUGUCAAUAAAAAUGAGGUUAAUCUAAAGGAUAGAUUUAUGCUGGAUAAGUCUGGUGAUAAAAUAUGGAGAUACAGCACAGUAUUAUGGGAUAUCAACCAUGUAGGAGAGGAUCUGUACUGCAAAAUCAUAUAUAAAUCAAAGGAUAUUACGUCUGAAGACAUAAAAAGAGAUGAAAAAUUUAACACAUUGUUGUUCACCGUUUUUGGAUUGCGGUUUCUGACCAUUAAAGGAAUAAUAUUCAAUUUGAUAUCAACUUAUCGAAUUUGGUUAACUUAAGGUCCUUUGAGAAUUAAAGCCAAGCCAAGUGUAUGCAAUUAUGUAUAGCCAUGGAUCUUCUUCUCCCCAGAUGGUGUUAAAGAGCAAGUCCCU